CUGUCAUAAAUAAUUAAUUUUAUAAAGAUUCUGCCAGCAGAGGAAUAGUUUGGCUAAGACUAGAUUUCAAAUUCCUUCCUUAUUCUUAUAAGAGGAGGAUACAUCAUAUCUCUAGAGAGCGAAGUAAAUCCUCCUUUAAAGUUUGAUGGUUGAUCUUGUUCGAGUUAGAAUGAGUGACCUGGACAGAGCCUCACGACUGGAUCACAUGGCUUCAGACCACUGGAGACUCCAAUUGAAUCAUCUUAAUUAUUCCACAGGAGGUCUCAGGUUAUAAGGGUUUUGGUAAAUAAAUAAAUAAAGAACCCAAUCCUAAAAUAGGUUGGGUCCAUUAUGUUCACACUUUCUCAACUUCACAUUUGAUACUUAGAAGAGUGAAAGGUAUUUGGUAGAACCUUCCUCUCGGUUGGGUCAUGUAUAAUUUACCUUACUUAUUGCUUCUCAUGACCUCCUUCCAAAUCUCGAGGAAUGAUCCGAUUGAGAUCUCGAGCAGCUCCAAUGGAUUUAUCCCAGACAUGAGAUCCCUGUCAGAGACCCUAUAAUUUACCUGGGACACAUAAUUCCCAGGUGUUUAGGAGUGAAGAGAACAAAAUGUUUGAGGUUUCACCAGCUCUAUUCUUUCUCUAACCAUUUUUAUCGCUAAU